AUGGAUGCACGUGUAGGAAAAAUGUUGGGGUGGCCAAAGAAACAAAACCACGUAACUACACAUUACAUUAAAAAUAUCACACUGGAAAAUUCAAGAGAGUAUUCGACAACAAAAAUAACUGAAAAGAUAGCUAUUGACCAAAUGUGCCACGACUUGGUCGCUAAUCUACUGAAGCGGACAUCAGUAGUAGUAAGGAAUCAUCCGGAUGUUACGAAGAAAACAAGUCAACAAAUCACCAAAUUGAAGUUCAACUACAAAGAGAGAUUAAUGAUUCCUCAAUCAAUAGAUCAAUUGUAUGGCUUAAACUGUUUACUUAUAACGGCAUUUGAAGUUGGUGAAGCCACAUUUUUGGAUUGGUAUCCAGAUUGUUCCUGUUGA